CCGGAGACCUCCAGCCUGCACUCCACGACCCUAGACCACGAAUUGCAUCUUCUGACAACUUCUUUCUUUUCUAUUCCCUCCUAGCUUUGCCCAGUUUCUCAUCUGCCCAUCAUGUCCGGCUACGAUCGAGCUCUUUCAGUAUUCAGCCCUGACGGGCACGUCUUCCAGGUGGAAUAUGCCAUGGAAGCUGUCAAGAGAGGUACCUGCGCGGUCGGCGUAAAAGGCAAAGACGUGGUGGUGCUCGGCUGCGAGAAGCGGUCGGCGCUGAAGCUGCAAGACACGCGGAUCACCCCCUCGAAGAUCGCCAUGGUCGACAACCACGCGGUGCUGGCGUUCGCGGGGCUGAACGCCGACGCCCGCAUCCUGAUCGACAAGGCCCGUCUGGAGGCCCAGUCGCACCGCCUGACCGUCGAGGACCCCGUCACCAUCGAAUACAUCACCAAGUACAUUGCCGGCGUGCAGCAGCGGUACACGCAGAGCGGAGGCGUGCGGCCCUUCGGCAUCAGUACGUUGGUCGUCGGCUUCGAUCCGAAUGAUCGUACGCCUCGGUUGUAUCAGACUGAGCCGUCGGGGAUUUAUUCUGCUUGGAAAGCCAACGCCAUCGGCCGCUCCAGCAAGACCGUCCGCGAGUUCCUCGAACGCAACCACCAGGACGACAUGGACCGCGAACAGACCAUCCAGCUCACCAUCAAGUCUCUGCUGGAGGUCGUGCAGACGGGCGCCAAGAACAUCGAGGUCGCUAUCAUGGCACCCGGCCAGGCCAUCGAGAUGCUCCCCGAUGACCAGAUCGAGGCCUACGUCAAGAGCAUAGAGACCGAGAAGCAGGAGGAGGCCGCUAAGAAGAAGACCGCCCGCGUCGGCACCACGACGGCCGCCAUCCUCACUCGCCCCGGCGGUGGUGAGACGGGCGAGUCGUCUUGAGUCUUGGACUUGGGAGUCCAAGUGAGAAAGUGAAGUGGAGAGAAAGAAAUGGGUUCUACUUUAUUUCCCCCCUAAGCGCUGUGCUAUGUUUGGUCCAAUGAAAUCCUCGUUAUGAACUGU